CUCUAUUUAUUGGUUUUGAGUGAUGUCAAUCACUGAUCUACCGCCUUUACCAAAAAGUCUCAGCGGCGUUAAUAAAAUGCUUGGAUCUGAUUCCGGUUUAAUUAGCGAUGCCGAUAUUGAUACGUGCUCGGAGAAUAACAACAACAAAAGCAAAGUACAUACAAGCCAAAAAGAUGAUGCCAAUCUAAGUAGUAAUACUAGCAAUCUCCAAACGAAUACAGCCAAUAUAAGCUUAAUUAGUAAAACAAAAAGCGAUGAACAAAAUGAAAACAAUAACGAGUCGACCUUAUCGAUAUCACCACCAGAAACGGCCACUGGAAAUACUUUAGAUAAGCAAUUAGCCACGCUGAGAAAGGAAAUGUAUGGCUUACGUCAAUUGGAUCUCUCCUUACUGUCUCAACUAUGGGCGCUUAACGAUUCCAUACAGGAAUUUCGCACUAUAAUACAAGAACAAGAUCAAGAAGAUUCGUUCUCACAUUCUCCGUCGCCCGCAUCAUAUGACUCAGCCUCUUCGGAAGGUGAUGAUGAAAUGCUAGCCGCUCAACGUAGUGCUGGUGCGAUACCAAAAAUCAUAACAACGCAACCAAAAUUAAAGAAAUCAAAUUCCAGUAAAUCUGCAAAUAUGGACAGAAAUCGUCCCAUUUCACCAACUUUCACAACUCAACUAAAUUCCGCAGAUACACAAACACAGGCAAACAAGGCAAAUUUAAAUAUGCCAUUUUAUGCCACAGCAAUACAGUCGCAAUGGCAACCUCAGCAACAACAACAACAGAAGCCGCCAAUACCGAAACCACUCGAUUUGAAACCAGUGCCACGCAUGCGCAGCGCACCGCCACCACCACCUACAGUUCGGAAAGCAGCAGCACCGCCACGCCCUACAUGAUAUUAUCUAACGGACUUCCUCGCCGGAGUCAAGAUGGUCAUGUGUAAAGUAUUUGUUGGUGAUGUAGCUGCUGCUCAGAUAUCUGAUAAUGAAUGAUCAUUGUUGGUGCAAUGCAAAGUUGGCAGCAGCAGCAGCAGCAGCUUGUCACGUGGCGGGGAAUUUCGUAUGCGGGCUAAGAGCUAAGGUUGACCAUCCAUAGUUUUAGUAAAAUGCAAUUUUCAAUAAUUUUUUAACUUAUAAAUGCAAUAAUUAUAUAUCAAAGACAUUUUACAUUUAUAA